GGUUCCUCGCCUUUUGCAUCCCUGGAGCAGUCUUCUUCAUUGACAUCUGUACGAGGUCAACUACAUUCCUGCCAGCAGUGCACCUAUGUGACCCUGGACAAGUCAACUAUGAACAGACACCUUCAGAAACACAUGGGCGAGCCUCCCUUACAGUGCCACUUGUGUCCAGCUGCAUUCACUCACUACUCCAAGCUGGUGGUUCACGUGCGCACCCACACAGGAGAGCGACCCUUUCCCUGUGUCCACUGCAAUGCAUCUUUUGUGCAGAAAUACAGCCUCAUUAGACACAUCCGCACGCACACAGGAGAACGUCCCUUUUCCUGUGCCCACUGCAGUGCAUCGUUUGUGAUGAAAUGCCACCUUGUUGCGCACAUGCGCAUUCACACAGGAGAGCGUCCCUUCUCCUGUGUCCACUGCAAUGCAUCCUUUGUGCAGACAAGCCACCUCGUGAGUCAUAUGCGCAUGCACACAGGAGAGUGUCCAUAUUCCUGUGUGCACUGCAAUGCAUCCUUUUCGAUGAAAAGAUACCUCAUUAAGCAUAUGCGCACUCACACAGGAGAGCGUCCGUUCUCCUGUGUGCACUGUAAUGCAUCCUUUGGACAGAAGAACAGCCUCGUGAAACACAUCCGCAUACACAGAGGAGAGCGUCCCUUCUCCUGUGUCCACUGCAGUGCAUCCUUUUUGAUGAAAAGCUACCUUGUUGAGCACAUGCGCACUCACACACAAGAGCGUCCCUUUUGCUGUGCCCGGUGCAAUGCAUCCUUUGUGGAGAAAAGCAACCUAGUGAGACACAUCCGCACGCACACAGGAGAACGUCCCUUUUGCUGUGUCCACUGUAAUGCAUCUUUUUCACGAAAACACCACCUCAUGGACCACAUGUCCCGUCGUCAUGGAAACAAAAAGCCAUAAAGGUGAUGGGCCUACAGGCUCCCUUUGAAAGAGCCCUGCAACACUUUUCCAAUUAACUGAAUGACGUCAGUGAAAGGGCUUAUUGCCUCACGAAUCGACUGACAUAAAAAUGUUUAAAAUCUGUCAAGUACGAGUGGAGUUACAAGGAUUUGUUGCACACUUCAAGCCGUUUCACCUCUCAUACUAGCAAGUGCGCAAGACGGUAUGCAGGUGGGGAUGAAAAGGAGACAAGAAAAUGCAUCUGUUUGUCAGUGGGUGUCAUGAUCUUGAGCACUUUUUGCUUUUUUUCUUUGAACAUGCAGCUUACUUUUGGUGUCAUUGCAGACGGGCACAUGGCGGCAUCCCGCAACGGCCACACUUACUAUGCCGCUCACGAUGCUCAAAUCGGCCAAUGCUGUGAACAUCGCAUUUUUGGUGCGGUCACUUGGGUUUAUGACAUCAUUUGUCGAGAGAAGAAAGCACCAUUUGUUGCUGACUAAAAGAAAUAAUUGCAAAUUCCAGGCUACAUGCUGCACUCUAAUGUUGGGCUCGCGUGUUCUCAGGAGUCCAGCUGCCGAUCGGCAGCGUUUGCUGACCAUGCUGCAAAAGUGUUGCAGGGUCUACUUAAAGGGCCAAUAAACAACCCCGUUGUCCAAAAUUUGUGAAAGAGAGAUAACUCAGUACUUGUACGACACGAUUAUGCUGCCGAAGAUUUUUGCAAAUAAGUGCCGUAAUAAGGAAUUUGCAAAGUAGAACAACCUGCUUCGGUUGGUUUCGGUUUCUUGCUUGGCCGUCCGACCCUCCUUGUCACUCAUAAUGCGUAAGCGUAGCCCGUUGUCGGGACUACACCCACUUGAAUACCGUAACACGACAUCGGCAGUUACGCCAUCGGUGCACAGCCAUUGACCUAGGAAGGCUUCCUCUACGUGUCACUUGUGUCAGAACGGCUUGGUCAGGAAGUGCAGUGCGAGGGGUGCAAGGCACUGGUGAGGUAACGAAAUAUGCCGUGGCGCAUGUGCCCUCUCGGUAAAGUCGUUAAACGCCUCUUUAUCUCGAAUGAAGGAAAAAAAUACUUUUAAGGGCUCGUUUUUCUUUGUUAGACACGAUAUUAAUGAGAACUAACAGACAAUGAUGCCAAGGUAAGUAUAGGGACGUUAUUUGUAGUAAUUAGGAUAUAAAUUAUGUAAAUUUAUUUAUUUAUUUGUUUACAGAUACUGCUGUGUCAUGUUUGAGACAUUGCA